AUGGCACAGGUAGCAGCUAUAAGUUUUGGUGCGGAGCUCAAAGAUGCAUACAAACCUGUCGAUACCUGGAUUUCCAACGGAAUCACUUGGCUAGGCGAGAUCGAACAAUUCUACCGCGAACGCAGUACGAUCGAGAAAGAAUAUAGUGACAAGUUAACCGCGUUAGCAAAAAGAUACUAUGACAAGAAAGCAAAGAGGUCGAGCAAUCUCAGUGUAGGGGAUACACCAGCGUUGACCCCAGGAUCUCUAGAAUCCGCUUCUCUUACCACAUGGACUACACAGUUGAACACUGUCGAAGCACGCGCAGCGGAGCACAAUCAACUUGCUUCAGACUUUGUCAACAAGGUUGCUGGCCCUCUUAACUAUAACCAGAAGAAGCUGGAAGAGUUGCGUAACAGCCAUGCCGAAUAUCAGAACAAAUUGGUCAAGGAAAGGGACAACCAGUAUACUGACCUCAAGAAGCUGAAGGCCAAAUAUGAUUCAGUAUGUGCCGACGUGGAGAGCAGGCGCAAGAAGCAGGAUUCAGCAAUGGACUUUGGCAAAUCAAAGGCGGCUCAGGCUUACAACCAGCAUGUUGUUGAAAUGAAUAAUGCCAAAAAUACAUAUCUGAUCAAUAUUAACGUAACAAACAAGUUGAAGGAGUGUUAUUACCACGAAUACGUGCCAGACCUACUGGACUCGCUGCAGGAUUUAAAUGAGACGAGGGUAAUCAAACUCAACGCCAUCUGGACGCUGGCUUCGGCACUCGAGACGAGUGCCCUCACCAAGAGUACCGAGCAUAUGAAGCAUUUGACUGCUGAGAUACCUAGGAACGAUCCCGUACUUGACAGCACCAUGUUCUUGCGUCACAACGCUGUGCAAUGGCAAGAUCCGCCUGAUUUUGUCUUUGAACCUUCACCUGUCUGGCUUGAUACCGAUGCUAUGGCCACUGACGAGACGGCGAAAAUCUUCCUCCGAAACAUACUCACGAAGAGCAAACCUUUGAUCAAUGAGAUGAAAGCUCAAGCCCAGCAGAAGAGGAAGGAACUUGAGAACGUCAAACGUGCACGAGAAAACAUCCGUGCUGGUAAGGACAAGCGAGAUGAGGUUGAUUGUGUUCGUUCGCAGUUCGCAGUCCAAGAAGAGCUCCAUGCUGUUGAAAGGCAACGAAUGACUGCCGAGGUCGAGACAUCUACAAUAACUUCCGUGGUAGGGGAUUUGAGCUUGCGAGGUAAGAGUCAUCCGUUCAAGUCGGAGACUUUCAAAAUACCUACCAACUGCGAUCUAUGUGGUGAUCGUAUAUGGGGCUUAAGUGCCAAAGGCUUUUUGUGCACUGAUUGCGGCUUUACUUGUCAUAGUAAAUGCCAGAUGAAAGUGCCUGCAGAGUGUCCUGGAGAGCAAACCAAAGAAGAAAGAAAACGCCUGAAGGCGGACAGGCAAGCUGCCGCGGCACAAGCGAGCGAUACGCCUCCAACGAUAUCCAAUGGGUCAACCUUGCCAGCUCUGAGCAGGCAGGACACUAUGAAUAGCCUGAGUUCAGGUUAUGCCGCUACAGCUACGAGAUCUGUCUCAGGUGCCAUAAAACCCGUGCCAGAGCCAACCACACCGAACAACGGGUCCGGUCCUACAAGCAGUCCAAGUACAUCGAGCAGCACAGGCGCUCGCCGCAAUCGAAUCGUGGCUCCACCGCCCGCUGCAUACAUCAGCCCGUCCACCGACGACAUUACAUCGUCACCCUCUAGCAAGAGGGGAAGAAUGCUCUAUCCUUAUGAAGCACGAGACAGUAGUGAAUUAACCAUUUCAGAAGGCAAAGAAUUUGAGAUUCUCGAACCAGAUGCUGGUGGCUGGACAAAAAUCAAUAUAGGUUUCGGUCAAGAGGGACUUGUUCCAACCGCAUACUUCGAAGAAAUUGCUUCGGCGCCUGCGGCUUCAGUACGGCCAACCCACAAUCGCUCGGCAUCAACCUACUCCAACUCAUCAGCAUCGUUAGCAUCCACCAAUGCGUCCAAGAAACAAGGGCCGGCAGUAGCUCCACGAAGAGGAGCCAAAAAGAUCAAGUAUUGUGAAGCACUAUAUCCAUAUACAGCUCAAUCUGAUGCAGAGUUCGACAUGGACGAAGGUGAGAAGUUUGUUCUAAUUUCGAUGGGUACAGGCGACGGUUGGGCUGAUGUCGAGAAGAACGGAGAGAAGAGAAUAGUGCCCGCAGCGUAUAUACAAGAGAUAUGA